UAUGAGGUUCUCUCCUCUCACACUAAGUCUCAUCAGGACUCGGAGGCUCGCCUUGUAUGUGCAUUAUAUCUCUAUAUUAUCUAUUAUAUCUCUGCACCUACCUACAGGCAUGUCACAAUCCAGUUUCCUGUACGCGGCAUCCUGCAAGGAACUCUAUUCACUUGGGCCAGACUACAACAAAAACAUUCCUCCAUCAAAAAAUAUGGUGGUGGAAAUUUCGCUUUUUAUAAACAGAGUAUCAGCUGUAGACGAAAACAAAGAGGAAAUAUCGCUGGAAGUGUUUCUCCAAGUUUAUUGGGAAGAUCAUAGGAUCAACAUAACCGAGGACCUCCUCGAUCUGGACCACCUGGAGCUGACAUGGGAAAAGGAGCAGAAGUUCUGGGUCCCGGACCUCUACAUACGCCAAUUGAGGGACAUGAAGGUCCUAUCGCUCUUCCAAGAAAUGACGUCCGUCAGGCUGUACCGGAACCACACCAUGAGAGUCAGCAUAGGGGCUACAGUUUUAAUAAAAUGCGACAUGGACUUUGUUCUGUACCCGUUAGAUGUACAAAAAUGUGCAGUUGACUUUAGCAGUUAUAAAUACACAGUUCCGGACAUGACUUUUAAAUGGAGAGAUGAUCCACCUCUGAGCUUUCCAAGCGACUUCGGCAAAGACGGUUACAGACUGCCGAAAUAUGUCGUCUCAUUCCAGCCGAUACAAGACAAAAUGCACAUCAUCUACUACGGUGAAGGGAAUCAUUCGACAGCCCGGAUGUUGAUUACGAUGAGCAGAGAGAUACGCAGCCACCUACUUGAGAGCUAUCUCCCAAGCACCCUCUUCGUAAUCAUGUCCUGGGGUAGCUUCGUCGUAAUGCCGGAGGUUGUCCCUGGAAGGAUGGUCCUCCUUGUCACCACGCUGCUCUCGCUUGUUACCAUGUUUGAUACGAUUAGAAAUAAUUCACCAAGUGCCUUGGAGCUGAAGUGCAUCGAAGUAUGGCUCAUUUCAUGCACUCUGUUCGUCUUUUUCGCCCUCCUCGAGUACUUCAUCGUGCUGUUCGGCAUCAGGUACGACAAGCAUUGGAGGCACAAAAAACAGGAGGUGGAGCAGUUUGACUUAAACAGCCAUUUGAACAAGGAAAGGAUGAACAGGCUUUUCACACAUCCAAAAGUCUCACCGCAGGACGGUCACACAAACUCCCUCUCAAAAGGCAAUUCACCAUCACAGAACAAUGCGCCUGGGCUGGAAGUGGACGGUAAUCCUGAAGCCGGCACUGGACCAGAUGGCCGGGGAAUCACCGGGAAACAGAAAUUUCAAUUGCUCACACAACACGUGAUACUUUACGUUGGCUCACAGCGUGGUACUAUUGACCAGGUGUCGCUAGCCCUCUUCCCACUCUGUUUCACUCUUUUUGCAGUAACCUACUGGAUAUCUUAUAUUAGCGAAUCAAGAAAAAGAGCAGGAGCAUGACCCAGGCCAAUUAACUCUCACCUCUCAGUAAUUUAUCCAAUAUGAAUUUGUAUUGGUAUAGAAUUGACCAAGAGAACAGGGAACUAAGCAAGAAAUUAUCAAAGCGCUGUUCAUAUUGUUACAGUGGUUUUGUAAAGACCAUUUUCUGUGGUCUUGAUUUCUGGCAAUUUGUACAAAUGCUAAAGAAGAUCUCCAGGAUUUUCAUUACAGAUUUUAUAUUUUAGACUUUUUUGUACAUAAAUCUAUCAAGUUUAAUAUUUUCACAUAUUGUUUUCAAUAGAAACACUUAAAGAUUUUAACGCGCACAUAUCGACACAUAUUGUAAUAAAUGUCACACUAAGCGAUCUUAAAAAUGUUACAAUUCUUUUGCUACAAAACUUUUCUUUUAAUUCGAAUAAAUUAUAGAUUGUAGAUAUUGUAUUUAGAAUGAGGAAGGGGUUUCUGACCCUAUGUGCCAAAUUUUAAAAAGUACAAACGUAAGGUUUAAAUUUUUCUCAAAGUUGUGUUUAGGUUCAAAUGUGCAAAACAUUAAAAGUUUGAGGAUUACCAUAAAAAAUACAAAUACUCCAACUAAGCCAAUAUG